UGAAGCGCUUGCGCAGUCGGUCACAUCCCGCACGUACGCACGCGCCUCGCGCUGCUUCCGGCUCCGGCGACACCGGGAGGUGGCAACUAUGGCGAGCUGGGCCCGGGGCCCAGGCCCGGGGGCCGGCGCAGCCGCCGCGGACACUGACACGGACACGCUCCUGGACGGCGAGAACCGGCGUCUGGCGGAUGGGCUAGCGGCCAAGGUCACGCGCCUCAAGGCCCUGGCCCUGGACAUGGACCGGGAUGCGGACGAGCAGAACCGCUACCUGGACGGCAUGGACUCGGACUUGUCCAGCGUGACCAGCCUGCUGAGCGGGAGCGUGAAGCGCUUCUCCAGUCUGAGCCGCUCGGGCCGGGACAACCGGCGGCUGCUGCUCUGCGUGUCUGUGGGACUCAUCAUCCUCUUCUUCUUCCUGUCCUACCUGCUGUCCAGAGCGCGGACAUGAGGGGGGGCCCAUUUCCCAGGAGCACGCCCCCCAACCCCAUUUUUGUACUUCCCCCUUGCCGGGCAGCAGAAUAAAAGAAGAAACGGUGGAUCUGCGCGCCCGCCGCGCCGUGGAACCCCCCCCCGCCCCCGCGGUCCCCCCCGCCCCCGCGGGCCCUCACCUUUGCCUGUGGUCCGGCGUUGGUCCCCCGCUGUGCCCGCCCCUGGCUUGGCCCGGCCCCGCUAGUGCCCGCUCUGUGCUUAGAAGCAAGGGCCAGGAUUGCACACCGAGUGAGCCCUUUGCUGGACUCUCCCCCUCCAGCACCUCCGCCAAGGACCAAGAGGGCGCGCCUUGGGAGAGCGCCGAGAUGUGUGGUGUCGGGCAGACCAGGAAACGGGGACUAAGGACCAGGGAGGGAAGAGGGCACAGGAGCGCCUCCCGGCCCCGGGGACUGCUCAGGGCCAGGACCGCACCCUGCUUGCCAUUCGAGGGACGGACUGCGGUGAUUGCAGAUUUUCCCAUGGUGCCCAGCGCCUUGUGGGCAGGGAGGCUGGUCCUGUAGAGCCGAGGGCUCAGGGAAGAGAGUUCACUGGCUUAGACGGCUGAAAGGGGAGGGGUGGGAUCUGCCAGAUUCAUCCCGUGGUCCUGAGUUUGCACAAACCGACUUCUGCCCGGCCCUCAGCUCAGGCUAGGCCCCGUGCCUUCCUGUGGCUCUGGAUUAGGGUCAAAACCUGGCAGCUAUUGGGGGACAUCAGCCAGUCACUCAGUGCUGAUUGGGCCAUAGCGCCAGAGGGAUGGGCCUUAUUGGAGAAGCCACGGGUUGGUUCAGGUGUGUGGGUGGUGGGUUGGGAAAAAGAAUGAUUGUAGAAAUAGGGAUUUGGGAGAUAAACUUGGGGAAGGGUGUGUUUCACCCCCAGGACAAAGGUAUACCCUCCCAACCCUUGCUUUGGCAAUUCAAGCAUCUACUUAAUGCCUACAGUGUACUCUGCAAAAGAGACACAAAGACAAAACAGUAUCUGUCCUCAAGGGGUUUGCUUUCCACUGGGAAGAAAUUGCACACACACACACACAAAUCCUAGGGAAGAAGUGAUACUAGGAUGAGCCCAGAGGAGAGCUAGGAAUUCCAAAAGUGAAACAACCAAGGUGGAGACAGGGCCAGAGGGCAGAAGGUCCUCUAUGGAAUUGGACCAAAAAGUGGGUCAGAACCCCAGCGGGUGAAGAGAAUAUAGUGAAAUCAGUCAGGGCCGUCCAUGCUCUGACCAUCUUCUGUGUGUUAGUGUAGUGAUGGGAGAAUCGGGCUUCGAUGAUCUAGAAACUUUCUGGUGAUGAUCUAGAAACCCCUCUGUCAAAGUAGUUUCUUGACUUUAAAGUGGAAUUCUGUCUGAUUUAGCAAGGAGGUCGAAAAGGUGGGAGCUUUGAUGUAGAAGUGAUCACAUUUGCAGUAAAGAAAAAGUAGGAAGAGUCCGACUUUAGUUUGGGGAGAACAGAUUUCAAAGGGUUCAGCACAGCCUUCAGAAGAUGGGCUCCUCAUUGGAGGUUUUUUGAUCACCAUGGCAAAAUGUUUAUAGCCACUAUUGCUUUUUGCUUGCAUUGGACUAGGAGGCUCUGAGGUACCUUCUUUCAUCCCUGAAACAUCAAGGUUCUGUGAAAUUAUGAAGCUAGAAAUCUGAUCAGGGGGUGGGGAAAUGGCAAUUGUCUGAUGUGGUUGGUUGCUCAUGGAACUGUCGAUCUGGAUUUCAAGGGUUGUCCACCUCCUGGUUAAAUUGAGGAUAUUGAGGAAAACAGAAAACGGUGAAAAGAGUUUUCUCCUCCACACUGGAGAAAGGAUCUUUACUGUUGGGACAGAGAAGGUGGUGAGACUCAAAAAGUCAUCUGUCCUCGAUGAUAACCUGUGGGUGAGUAGUAGGAAGUUUAAAAAAACAAAACAAAAAAACAGUGGGAUAAUACAAGUGUAUCCGGCAGAAUUUGGUGAAUUUAUUUUCUGGCUCAAAUGAACUCCAACCUCCCAUAUAAAAAAAAUCGGCAGAUGACACUGCUUGUCAUCUUGGAAGAAUAAUGGGAGGUGGGAAAGGAAUUGCCUGCUGGUA